AUGGUGGCGAACGAGAGGCAACAACAGCUACUUAAGGCGGAAUACAAUGUUGUACAGCGACCACUGCAGCAGGACGAAUUUUCGAGAGCGGAAGUGAUUUUGUGGAGGCAGGCGCAGUUGGAGGCGUUCCCAGAUGAAGUAAUGGUACUCCUGGGAAAUGGAUCACUCAAAGCGAAUCAGAAGCCAGAGCAGAUCGGGAAGAGGAGCCCAUUAUACAAACUCACCCCGAUCGUAGACGAGUGUGGCGUGAUUCGAAUGAAUGGUAGGAUGGCGAAGUCAGACGAAAUCCCGUUCGAUAUGAAGUUCCCGAUUAUCCUUCCGAAAGGACACGCAGUGACGAAACGAUUGGUACAAUAUUACCAUGAAAAGUUUGGACAUGCAAAUCGGGAAACGGUCUUCAACGAGCUUCGACAGAAGUUUUAUAUUCCGAAGUUGCGAACGGAAAUCCAGCAAGUGAUGAGAAAGUGUGUCUGGUGUAGAGUGAAUCGCUGUUAUGCUGAGGUCCCGAUGAUGGCUCCACUUCCGGUUCAGCGAAUCACCCGACAGCUUCGACCUUUCAGUGCUGUUGGAGUCGAUUAUCUAGGACCUGUGGAAGUGACGGUUGGUAGAAGAAAGGAGAAGCGGUGGAUCGCCCUGUUCACGUGCCUUGCUGUACGUGCGGUGCACUUGGAAGUAGUGCAUGGAUUGACAACGCAAGCAUGUCUCAUGGCCAUUCACAGAUUCAUCUGCAAACGAGGAGUUCCAGACGAAAUCUUCUCCGACAACGGGACAAAUUUCAAGGGAGCCAGCAAGGAGUUGAUUGCUUGGGUGAAGCGAAUUGACAGUGAAUGUGCGGAUUCAGUGACGAGUAGCACAACGAAGUGGAACUUUAAUCCUCCUGGUACGCCACACAUGGGUGGUAUUUGGGAGAGGAUGGUUCGAUCUGUAAAGGAGGCGAUGAAGGCACUCGACGAUGGCAGACGUCUGACGGACGAAAUUCUAUUAACUACCCUGGCUGAAGCGGAAGAUAUGGUAAAUAGUCGUCCGCUAACGUACGUACCCCAGGAAUCAGCAGAUUCCGAAGCGCUAACACCGAACCAUUUUCUUCGAGGUACGGUCAAGUCCGUCGAUGUUCACGUAGAUGGUUCGGUGGACUUAGCAGAAGCGUUGCGCGACAUUUACAAGCGAUCGCAGUACUUGGCGGACCAGAUGUGGCAGCGUUGGUACAAGGAGUACUUGCCAACGAUCAACAAGCGUACCAAGUGGUUUGCUGAGAGGAAGUCAUUGAAGAAGGGAGAUCUCGUGUUUGUAGUAGAUGGACAGAACCGGAAAAGCUGGGUUAGAGGUAUUGUCGAGGAAGUCUUCGUAGGAUCAGACGGCAGAGUUAGGCAGGCGGACGUACGGACAGGCAAAGGCGUAUUCCGGCGUGGAGUAGCCAACCUUGCAGUGCUGGAAGUUCUUGAUGGUAAAUCCGGAACCACUGAUGAACGGGUACCGGAGUUAUGGGCUGGGGUGUGUUGA